UCUUGACUCGUGCAUCGUGGAGCUCGUUUCGCUUUUCUUUCCGCAGUUUCCGCUUCUGUUGCCUUAUUUAAAAUUAUCGACGUUAGCGCGUUUUGGUUUUUGGAUGCGCUCAUGGUCUUGUCUCACUUCCAAAACCGGCGAGGCUAUUCUCUGGACUUCUGUGGCGUCGCUCUUCGUGCAGGGGUUGUUGAUUCGCUCUCGGCUUCUGAAGCGUGGGAGGUUGAAUUCUGUUUCUUUCUCGAAACGUGGCUGCGCUACCGACGGACCGAUAAGGCAGCUGGUGCAAGCACGCACGGUGUUUUUUUGUGGAUGCUUCGAGAUGCGUAAAGAGCAUGCUACUAGUUAGUGGAAACUAGUUAAUUGUGGACCUGGAAAGUCGAUUGCUUCGCUCAAGCUUGAAAAGGGCAAACAUGCCAUCUGUUGUGGCUGAAGCAGGAUUUGCGAGCAGGAUUAUGAGUUACAGAGAAAUCAUGAUUUCAUUAGCUGGCUUGUGUCUUGUCCUCCUCACCCUCCUUAUAGGCAGAGUAAACUCGGCCGUAAUUUUACUCGCUGGAACAAAUGAAACUUGGUCUUUCCCGGAUGUGGAGAGCAGAUUUGCUCCACGAGUUCCGACAGCGGGUGUCGGAGGAGUGUUGUACGCAUCCAAUCCUUUGGAUGCUUGCUCGCCAUUGCUUAACGUUUCAACUCCAGGAAAAGGGUCAGCGCCAGCUUUUCUUUUAGUCCAACGUGGAGUUUGCAAUUUUGAGAUCAAGGUGCGCCUUGCUCAGGAAGCUGGAUUUGCCGCAGUUAUCGUAUAUAACGAUCAGGAUGAUCGUGAAUUAGUCACCAUGUCAGGAAACCCUGUCAACAUCCAUGCGUAUGCUGUGUUUGUCUCGAAGUAUUCUGGGGAGUUUCUGCUUAAGUAUGCUGGUGAUGUGGGCGCAACUUGCCAUAUUAUGCCAGCGUUUGAGAACACUGCCUGGUCGGUGAUGGCAGUGUCCUUCAUCUCUCUCCUUGCUGUAUCCUCUGUAUUGGCCACCUUCUUCUUCGUUAGACAACACAGAUUGCGACAUUUGAGCGCACGGUAUCUCCUAAGGGAACCCGCUGGAAUGAGUGUGAAAGAAGUGAAUGCGCUACCAAGCUUAAUAUUUAAGUGCGUUGAAGACGGGAAGUGCACGUCCGAGACUUGUGUUGUCUGUUUAGAGGAUUAUAUCCCUGGUGAGCGACUGAGGUUGCUUCCAUGUCAGCACGAGUUUCAUCUCGACUGUAUAGAUCAGUGGUUGACACUCCGCAAACCUUUCUGUCCAGUCUGCAAAAGAGAUGCUCAAUCACAAGUUCAUGAGCCUGUAGCUACUGAGACGACGCCCUUAAUGGCAGCAGUAGGAAGAGCUUUAGGAGGUGGUAGUAUUCGAGUUGGAACAUCCAUAUUGUCAGCGCGUUCAUCCCCACUGUUUACUACUUCAGUUAUUAAUUCACCGAAUGAUACUCCUGAUACUCGCAUCUUCUCACUCUCCUAUCCAGAUGGUGGUGAGGAUCUCUGCUGAGAUAGCUUUGACUUUGACGACAUAUGAGAAGAAAAUACUUUUGCCAGCAGUCCUGCUUGGGUAGAAUUGACAAGAAUGCCCGCAAUUUCUGAGGUAUGGUGGCCGAUAGCCUUGUACACGAUUAAUCACAGAUGUGAUGCGUCGUAAGACAGAAGGGCCUUAAGGAUUUCGGGUACUAAGUCGGCCUCACUGUUUUUGUACAAAGCUAUGUUGUUCAUAGUAGUUUACCAUAUCCAAGGCAAGGGAUAGACAUAGAGAAAUGCUCAUCGAAAGAAUGUAAAUAGAAUUUAAUGGGCAGGGGGGAGGGGGGAGGGGGGGCUUCUGCUCUGAUCUAGAAUUGAUAAGGAGUUUUGAUGGAAGAGGCGGUCGAUCAGAAGAGACUGGUUUUAGAUUGGACCCACAAGUGUGCUUUGCCACCGCAGCAUCUUUACGAAUACAGAUGCGGAUGAUAUUCCUUUCAAGUGGAGAGUUGUUUCCUCCCACUUUCAACCUUCAAAGGUCGGUGCAACACAAUUUGACAAGCAGCUCAGACCUGGUGGAUCCUAAAUUAUGCCGAGGUGGAAUGGCUGGUGUGUAGUUCCACUAUUGCGCUAGGAUCUGCUGUCGCAAAUAAUAUGAACACACAGUGAUCACAACACGAGGUAAUUUUUGACUUGGUGACGAAGAACUAAUUCAGUACACUGGGGAGAUAUAAGAUGACUUAUCUAGCUGAAUGGUGGAAGCUAGUUAAGAAUUAUGCAUGAUAGGGAUUUGGGAGCUGGACAUUGCCAACGUACAUGGCCGUGGACCCAAGCUGGAAUCUUGAUCCAUUUAUGUUUACUCGGAAUUUUAGACCGACUUUAGUACCUAUUUCAUUGGGGAGGAAAGGUAUAUUUCACAGAAAUUUCCGAGUGAGGAGCUGGAAGAUGGAAUUGUUUUCCUUCGUCUUUUCUUCCAAAUUUCUUGUAGAGAUAAUGAACACCUAACAUUUCAUUAUCGUGGAACUACAUGGUUUUCCUAGGGUAGGCAGAGCGUUCAUAUCAGUUCAAACUCUUAUCGCUGCUGAGAGCUAGUCAUGUUCCGUGACAUUGAGAUAUUCUAUUCCUAAAAGUAUCAGGAUCAUGUAAAAUAUAUGAAACUUGUCAACUUUUUAUA